AUGUGUAUUCUUGCAAAUGAACAAGUGGACAAAACUGGGACUAUAACAGCUGACAGUCCAGCUCAUGAUGAAGAUUUUGAGCCCUUUUAUUUAGACUCAGAUUAUGUACCAGACACUGAUGAAGACUUAGAUUAUGUAGCAGAGACUAAUGAAGAUGUUACUGUAUCUACUCGCACGUUAAUAAACUGUGAAAAUGAAGUGUUACCUAUCGCCCCUUGCAACAGGUGUAGGUUAAAAUGUCCAGAACAAAUUUCAGAAGACAAGCGACAAGGUUUACUAAAUUAUUUUUAUGGUUUAAGUGAUAAAAUAAAGCAAAGGGGUUACUUGGCUCGGUGCAUCAUGAAAGUUUUACCCAAGAGAAAAAGGUCCAGCAAUGCUAAGAGAAAGGAAAACUUUAGAUAUUAUUUUGAAGUUGAUGGACAAAAGUCGUUGAAGCGAUCGUCGAAGGCUCCAUUUAUGGAGUCUUCUAAAGGGGGCGAGCCCCCCGAUAAAAUGCCAAGGGAUCAGGAUGCGAUGGAUGAUUGCAGUUAUGGUUCCCAUGGAUUUUCAUCACAUCAGCUAGAAAACUCGAUAAGUAGUUCUAAUAAUAUUAAUAAUUUAAAAACCGAUAAACAAAUUACCUCACUAAAUUCUAAUGAGACAGAAAAAAGCAGACCUGUAUAUUUAUAUGAAAAAACUGAUUUAGGGCCAUUUCACAUUUUUAUUGAAAACAAUGAUAAAAAUUUUACAGUCAAAUUAAAUGCAGUUAAGCUAGGUGAAAUAUUAUUUACCGUACAUCCGGAAAUUGAUACUUAUAUUAAAAAAAUUGAUUCAAUUGGACGCAACCGUAUUAGAAUAACAUUUAAAAAAUAUGCUAGUGCAAAUACCUUAAUUACUUCUAAAUUGCUUAUUCAAAAAAAUCUAAUUGCAUAUAUUCCGCAAUUUCAAUUAUUUAAAUUAGGUGUAGUUAGGGAUAUAGAAUCAGAUAUAUGGGAAGAAUAUCUUAAGGAUAAAAUAAAAGAAUUUGAUCACCAUUGUAAAUUCUCGGUGGAUUAUGUAAAAAGAAUAAAGAGAAAAAUAGUAACAGAUAAUAAAGUAGUUUUUAAACCUACAAAAUCCGUAAUUGUAUCAUUCAAAUGUCAAAAUCUACCAAAAUAUAUCGUAAUUAACCAUGUUUUACAUAAUGUAGAAAAAUACCAGCAAAAAGUAAUUAUUUGCUACAACUGUUAUAGGUAUGGACACAUGAGUAAGCAAUGUAAAAGCAACCCUAGAUGUCUUAAAUGUCUUGAGUCCCACCAUUCUGAUUCUUGUUCUUUAUCAUCUUUUAAUAAAAAAUAUCUCUCCUGUGAAGGUGAACACUUCACUAACAAAUGGGAGUUAUGUCCAGAAUUUGACCGUCAAAAAAAAAUCAAACAUUACAUGUCUGAAAACAGCUUGUCUUUCAAAGAAAUGCUUAAAUUAUUUCCUAAAGUAACCUAUGCAUCGAUAACAGCUAAUAAUUCCUCAAUAAAUUCACAUCAAAUCCCAAUUAUGAACGCUCCAUCCUUUUCAUAUUCCUCUACUCAAUUGUCCACAUCCCCCUCACUCCCUAACCAGCUCGCCUACCCUACAGUUUCAAACAGAUAUACAAUAAUAAAACCUCCAAAAUCCAAACGACCCAUAUCUUCAUCGCAAGACCCAAUAGCAAUAGAACAUCAAAAAAUAAUAAAGUUAAACCCCAUGUCCAACAGACCUGGAGGCAUUUUCAAUUCAUCUUCUUAUCAAUCUACAUUUAAUGCAGAACAAGGAUCCAAAAUACAUGAAUCUCCUAAAGAAUUAACAGAACUAAUAUCAAAUAUAGUUAUAAAUAAUAUGGACUGGGAACUAGAAGAUAGUCAGCAAUCUGAUAAAAUAGAGGAUUACGAUGGCCUUUUCUCGAAUGCCGAACGAAUGACUGCAUUUGACGAAUAUCAAUCAAAUAUAAAGAAAGGACGUAAAAGUUCCAAUAUUAAGGAUCAUAGAGAGAAAACUCCUAAAUUGCUGUUCUUGCCUCCGGGAGCUUCAAAAUAUGCAGAUUUUUCGUUAGACAACGGAAUUUUAACCAUACACAAUAAAGAAAUCCAUACCGAAAAUGCAUUAACAUCAUUUGCUGAAUUUAAAACCGUUCCUUUGGUUUGUAGUAUAUUUGAAAAAGAAAAUGAGCCAGCUAAUUUAUCUUCUGUUCAUUUGGACUGUAGUAUAUCCGGCAAAGAAAUUGUAGCUGAUAUUUUACUUGAAGACAUUGAAUUAGAGGAGACUCCUAUAAAUAUAACUAAUGACCUUGAAAUGGAUGGUACUAAUAUGGAACCAGUUAGUUCAUCUUCUAAAGAUGCGGAAAGGACUCUUUUUGAUAGAAAUGCACAUGCACUAAAGAAAAGAAAACUUGUUAACAGAAAGGAAUGGAAAAAACCUAAAAACAAAAAUUUGAGGAUGCAAGGGGAAGCAUAUUUAGGGUAUCGAAGAACCUGA